AGCAAGCAUUCGAUUUUGAGUUGGAACUUUGAAUGUCGACGGAGGAGGAAAACGCCAUAGAGGCGGUGGCAGUGGCCCGUAGGGAGAGGCUGAGAGCCCUCAGAGAAGCUCAAGAACUUCUUCAAACCCCUGACAAUGAUGAUGAUGAUAAUAACAACAGCAACACUAACCAAGACGAUGAAGACCAAAAUGAUGUCCAAAUGAAGUUCCGGAAUUACCUGCCACAUGACAAACAGCUUCAAGAAGGCAAAGUCGCUCCACCAGCACUCCCAAAGUUCGAAGACCCUAUGGCCACUCUACCUCCACCCGAAGAGAAGAAAGAGGAUCCGUUUUUAAAUAUCGUCCCCAAGAAGCCAAACUGGGACCUGCGAAGGGAUGUGCAAAAGAAACUUGACAAGCUUGAGAAACGCACCAUGAAGGCACUCGCUCAACUUAUGGAGGAAGAAGAAAAGAAGAGGAAAAUGGCUGAAGAGGAUGCUGAAAAUGGUGAAGAAUAGAUGGAUCUGCACCAGUAAUUCAAAACAUUUGACGGAAUUAUAAAUGUGGCUUUGCGGUUUUGGAUAAGGCUGUAUAACCAUUACUUUUAUGACAUCUAGUCUUUGACUGUGAAACAUUGUAGUGAGUGUUGUGAAGAUUAUGAAUACAGGCAUAUAUAUCUGCUUGCUAAUUGAUGCUGA